GGUUCGGCGCGAAGCCAGCGGGGGAGGCGGGCGGGAGCGAGGCCUUCGCGGAGUGCCUGGACCUCGGCACGCAGCUGAACCGGCUGCAGGUGACCUUCAGCUCGCUGGCCGUGCAGCUGGCCGUGCCCGCCGCGAAGGGCCUCGAGGUCCUGGAGGUGUGCGGCGAGAGGCUCUCCAUCAUGCUGGAUACCCAGUACGAGCUGACGGAGGCCCAGCGCGAGUGCGUCCGCCGCUUCGCGUGGCCCGACCAGGAGCAGCCCCCGAGGGAGCCGCGCUUCGAGCUGCCCAAGCGCGCCUCCGGCUCCCAGCUCAUCACGUGGCCCAGGUUCACGGUGUCCGCGGACGGCGACGAGCUCGUCCGUAGCACCGACCCGGGCCAGCUCAAGAACCGGGAGCCUAUGCUGGCCGUGUCCAUGAGGCCGCGGAGCGCGCCGCCCGAGGUGGUGCACUCGCAGGCGCAGAGGGCGCGCCCUGCGCGCGGGCGGGCGCUCGUCGCCACGAGUCGUCUCAAGUCAAGGGGCCCAAGGAC